AUGGUCAAGCCCCUGACAUUUAAGGGCGACAAGCCAAAAAAGCGCAAGCACCGUGACCCAGACAGCGAGAAGACCCCCAAGACCCGCAAAACCGACGCGCCUGACGUUGCGGAGACCGACGACAACCCGCCCGACGAUCAGAGCUGGGUUUCCGCCGACACGCCGAGCGAUAUUGCGGGCCCUGUGGUCCUCGUCCUUCCGUCCGAUGAGCCGACAUGUGUGGCAAGCGAUGCGAUUGGCAAGGUUUACGCGAGUGCGCUGGAGAAUCUGAUCGAGGGGGACCCCGGGACGGCCGAGCCGCAUGAUGUGCGGCAGGUGUGGGUUGCGACGAGAGUAGCGGGGACAGAGUCGUUUAGCUUUAAGGGGCACCAUGGAAAAUACCUCUCCUGCGACAGCCACGGCCUUUUCAGCGCGAGCGCUGCUGCUGUGUCGCACUACGAAUCCUUCCUCGCAAUUCCCUCCCCCGAUAUCCCCGGAACCUUUUCCCUUCAAACACGGGGUGGCGAUGCCGAAUCCUUCCUUUGCGUCAAAGAAAGCGCCAAGGCGACUGGCGGCGUGGAGAUCCGCGGCGACGCGAGCGCGAUAUCGUUCGAGACGACGGUGCGCAUCCGGAUGCAGGCGCGGUUUAAGCCGCGGCUUCGCGUAGCGAAGGAGAAUAAGGCAUAUGAGAAGAUUAGUCGGAAGGAGUUGGAAGGUAUUGUGGGAAGGAAGCUAGAGGAGGAUGAGGUGCGGAGGUUGCGGAGGGCGAGGCGGGAGGGGAAUUUCCAUGAGGAGGUGCUUGAUGUCAAGGUGAAGGGGAAGCAUGAUAAGUUUGCUUGA